UGUCGAUGCCACUGCCAUUGGAAAGUGGAAAGUGGGGCGAUCGGUGACGAUUGCUUCAUCAUUUGCCGUUUGGAGCUCAUGUAUCAACCGUUUUACAAAUAAAGCCAGAUCUCAUGGGAUUAAGACUGAACAAAAAUAAUUGCAUUUUGCCAGUACCACUAUAUAUUUUUACUUUCUUUUCAAAAACGUUCAACGGAAGUAGUAUUUUCCAGCCAUCAUGUGUCGACGACUCGACACCUUUUUUGUCUUUUUUUUAAAGUGUAGUACACGGAACGUGUUUUCUUAACGUGAAAAUUGGAAAUUUGAGAUUUAUAGUUAUUGGUAGCUGACCGCUGAGCUUGCAACGUGUUUUAUAUUUCGAUUUUACUGCUAGGUCAAUGAUGCACAGCACAUUUCAUUCAUUAUGGCUAACGCUAGCUUCGAGCUGAGCAAACUUGGUGCUAACGUAUGUUACGUUUUAGCUGGAAUACACGAAACAGCGAAAUGUACUGUUACUUUUCGUUUUUAUUUUCAGACAACACAGAUUGCUCGUAAUGAAAGUUAGUUAACUACGGCAACUAUUUAUGGUAUGGUUCUUUCAAACUGCCAUGGAUUAUGAACAUAAAGCGAAUGUGGUGGCUGAAUGUUUGCAGGGCUACAGGAACGAUGAAUCCAGUUGGAAGGUCUGCAAAAAAUCGAAUGACGUGGUUGUGUCAUGGCGACCUUCGUCAGAGUUCCCAGGGAAUGUUUAUAAAGGUGAGGGAGUUGUAAAUGGCAGCCUGAAGAAAGUAUGGGAGUGUCUGAAACCGAUACCAAAAGGGCUCAGAGUCAAGUGGGACAAUAAUGUGAAAAAGUUUGAACUUUUGGAGCAAAUCACAGAGGACAUCUCCAUCUGCCGAACAGUCACGCCCUCAGCAGCUAUGGGUAUCAUAGCUCCUCGAGACUUUGUAGAUGUUAUUUUAGUUAGGCAAUAUGAAGAUGGCACAAUUUCAUCAAACGCUACUAACGUGAGUCAUCAGGGCUGCCCCAUUCAGUCUGGUUACGUGAGGGGAUUCAACCAUCCAUGUGGCUGCAUCUGUGUCCCCAUAUCAGCAGAGCCCAACAAAACCCAGGUAUUCACUUUCUUCCAGACAGACCUUGGUGGCUUACUUCCUCGCUCUGUGGUCGACUCCUUUUUCCCCUCCAGCAUGAUGGAGUUCUACAGCAAUCUGACCAAGGCUGUUAAAUCUCUCAAAGACCUUUGAAUUUCCAUCCAUCCAUUUUCUGGACUGCUCAUCAUCAUUAGGGUGGCGGGUGAGCUGGAGCCAAUCACACAGGAUGUGUAAGGCGUGUUGCGCCCCUUAAUGGUAGCCAGUCAAUUGUAGGGAUCAUAUUGUCAAACACCUAUUCACACUCACACCUAUGGACAAUGUAGUCUUUAGUUAAGCUAAAGUCUUUGGAAUGUGGGAGGAAGCCAAAACAACCGGAGGAGACCCACACAGCGAAACUAUGAGGCAGACAUGUUAACCGCUAGGCCAACCGUACUUCCCACCGUACUUUUGUUUGAAAUGCAUUUUAAAGGCCAAGCUCACCGGAAAACCUGAGAUGAGUUUAAUGUGUAAUAUCUCAAUCUGUAGGCUACUGUUUUUUUCCAUCUUAACAAAAAUGGACUUGUUCACAUCCCUUUUAAAAAAAUAAAAAAUAAAAAAAAAAGUGUAUGGGUUUAAAAUCUUUCUUGUUCCAACUUGAUUGAUCCAGAGUUAUGUCUGGUUCCUGAGGGUUAAAACCACCAUAUUUUUUUGACCCAUCAGUAUUAAAUAUUUAUGGAACAUACAUUUUAAUAUAUAGUAAGUGUUUCUUAAUUUUCCUUUUGUAAUUGUCCCAUCUGUAUGCAGUUCUGUCUUUGACUGUCGCUGACCUGUGAUGUUAAACAGUAAAAUGGGUAUUGAAAAAAGGCUAUUUUGAUACAGUCAGAAUUUAAGUUUCUUCAUCUUCGUGUUGCCCUGGUGAUCUUUAUCCUGCGUAGAAAGUAAAAGCUCCGUUAGAUUCCCUAUCUUUGGUGUCGGGCAGAAUCCCAAAACCAUUACUUUUCCGGAAAGUUUGUUGAGCCAAUAAUUGCAUUGUCAAAGAGUGUACGUUAAGCCAUUUUCAAAACUUUGAUUGGGCAAUCCUUUGUAAAAAUAAAUAAAUAAAUAAAUAACAGACCCAUGUGGGGACCGACAAAUGGUAUCGAUUUGUGAAAGAUAUGAAAUUGACCGAAUUUGGACACAGGAGGUUUCGACCUGAUGCCAACACUAUCAAAAGCUGGCUUUUCUGAGUUGGUGUUCUGUGGGAAAGGUACCAACAUGGAAUUGGAUGAUGAUGUGAAGCCUCAAAUCUUCUUUCUUCUGAGCAAAACAUGGGACACAUUUUCAAGUUUAUAGAAUUAGAAUCUGACUUUUCCAUACAAUGAAAAAUACCUUAAAAUAAAUUACUACUAUAUCCAUGAGAUGUAGUUUUUAAUUGUAACUGUGCAGUGUCGGAAAUCCUGUAGAACAUAUUUAUACUUAAUCAUGUAUUUAAAACGUGUAAUAUUGUAACCUCUUCUUUUUUUUUUUUUUUUAAACCAUUUUUACAUGGUUUCUGACGAUAUAUCUUGACUGUUAAGUACUGUCUGCCUGAGAUGCUGUGACCCUGUAAAGUAUACAUCUGUAUGUUGUCAAUGAAGUAUGUUUAGUGUCCAUCAAAUAAUUUAAUUUCACACUAAAGUAUUUUGACUUAAUUACAAAUACGUAAUGAAUGCAAAUCCAACGUGUAUUCCUUCAUUUUGUUUCCACGAGGCUGUGUAUGAUAAUCAUGCAACAUGUUACUCUAUUUGAGUAACUGCUUUUUCUUAGUUGGAAUGCAUAUACCUUGUUGUGCAUGGUUUUAUAAAUACUUUAUGGCCUACUCUGUGAAUUUGCUGCUGUAACAAACUAGCAUUCUCACAUCUAAAAUAUGUGAAAUAUCUGCAUCUCUGUGUCAAUGAUAUGACAAUAGUGCACUGUGGUGUGAAUGAGUAUUUGUUCGAUACCGGCAAUACAAACAAUUGUGUGCAUUGAAUUUGACUUAAAAGUGUUGUGAUGAAAACCCAAGGCCAGCUUGUCAAAGUUCCUUUGUCUCCAUCCUAUACAGUGUAUUGGAAAAAUCACACUAAGCAACUUCGAAAUGACUACCCUCAUUCUUAGGACAAUAUAUUUAACAUUUUGAGUAAUGUGUUCACUGUGUAGAAGAUAAACCUUUGUUGCAAGAAGAAAUAUGCUGUGGUAUGUGUUUGCAGUAAAACAACAUUGUUUCAAAUGGUUUGUGCUGAUAUUUUUACUUUUUUAUUAAGUUUAUCACAUUAUGCACUGUAACAGCCAGGUGUAAUAAUUGUUGUUCAAUUUAAUUUGCU